AUGUCAGAUAAGGACACAGAUUCUAAGCCGAAAUUCAAAGACCUCAACAUCUGCAUGGAGCUCAGAAAAACUUGCAGAAAAUUGAAAUAUUUCCACCCAACCCCAAUUCAAUUAAAAUCAAUUCCACAUGCAUUAAAUGGCAAAGACUUAAUUUGCGCCUCUCAAACAGGGUCAGGGAAAACUUUGGCCUUUAUAUUACCAAUUUUGCAAAAGUUCAUAGAAGAGCCUCAUUCAUAUUUUGCUUUAAUUUUGACUCCUACUAGAGAGUUAGCAUUGCAGACAGCUGAAACUAUAGAGACUGUAGGCAAAAAAGCUGAAGUUAAAGCAGCUUCUAUAAUAGGGGGACUUAGCUCCUCUGAGCAAAAAGCUAUACUGAAAGAAAAGCCACACAUUAUUGUAGGGACUCCUGGUAGAAUAGUCGAUUUUUUAGAUAACACAAAUUUGCUGAAAUUAGAGAAAAUCAAAUUUUUGGUUUUCGACGAAGCUGAUAGACUAUUAAGCAUGGAUUUCGAAAAUGAUAUCAAAAAAAUCAUAGAAAAAUGCCCAGAAUCAAGAUCGACUUAUCUUUUUUCAGCCACUAUGACGAGUGGAGUGAAAAAGCUAAAAAAUUAUUGUCUCAAAAAAGACGCAGUAAAGAUAGACUUGUCUAAUAAUGAAACUGUUGAAACUCUUACACAAAAAUUCGCAUUUUUGCCGUUUAGGUUUAAAGACACAUAUCUCGUCCACAUCAUCGAACAAUUUUCUAAAUCUUCAAUCAUAAUUUUUACAGCUACAAAUUUAGAUGCAAAAAGACUUGAAAUUCUGCUGCAGCAGCUAAGCUACAAAGCCAUUGCACUUUAUGGGAAACUUACACAGAAAAAAAGGAUAAAAGCUCUUAAUAGGGUUUAAAAGCAGUUCUUACAUUAAAAUGGUGUGACCAAUCAGCCCUACCUCUAAAUACUGUAGCUGGUAUCUGAAAGGAGCCAAAAUAUUAAAAGAAGUGAGGCGCUAAUAUGUGUAUCGGUAUAGAAAACUCCCAUGGGCAAAGUUUGGUCAACCAAAGAUAAUAAUUUUGGCGGAACCAAAUGCAAUUUUAGUGGGCAACUCACACACUUAUGGUACUAUUUUAGGAAUUAAGUAUAGGGCUCUAUGUCAGAGCAAUGCUUAGCUAAUCAGCUAAGAGCUCAUUCUGGAGCAGAUUUCUCCUUAUGUGAAAUGGAAUAUAAAGUUGAAGAGUUCUCCAGAAGUGCAUCAGGAGGAUUUUAGACCAAUGGAAAAUUUUACCCAGCGCAAUGCCAGGUGUUGUAUUCUUGGCCUCUAUUUUAGUGGUCAAAUCAGAAAAUUCGUCCUUUUAAUUUUUCCAUAGAGAGCGACCCUGCUGGAGCCGCAAGGUGGCAUAAACCCUUUGAGUAAAAAGAAAUAAUAUGUUGAACCACGUAUGAACUGAUGAGCAAGCAGUUGAGUAUUAGGAAAGCGAAUAAGGGACUUAGAUGCCUGACAGUGGGCUUUUAUAAUUUUUAAAUAACGAUAACGUUUAAAAACAGUAAAAAAAAUAUUUUGAUAGCGACUGAUGUGGCAAGUAGAGGCAUAGAUAUCCCUGAAGUUGAGCUGAUAGUAAACUAUGAUGUCCCAACAAAAACAAAAAACUAUAUACAUAGAGUAGGGAGAACUGCAAGAGCAGGACUGCAGGGGAAUGCAAUUACAAUGGUAAGUCAGUAUGAUAUACAAAAUUUCCAAAGGAUUGAAGAGUCUUUAGAAAUAAGGAUGGAGGAAUAUUUGAUAAACCAUGCAGAAGCUAUGAAGCAUUAUGAUGAAAUCACAUUAGCAGAAAGUUUUGUAGCGAAAAAGAUUGAAGAUGAAAAAAUAGAUAGUGAAGAUAGCGAUGAAUAA